AUGCCUUCACGCCAAGUAUCUCAAGAAGAGUUCGAAAAGCUUACCUCCGCCUAUGUCAAUGUCACCAAUGACCGUCUUGGCGGCCGCGUCUGUGGCCUAAGUGACCAGUGGUUCGCAGAGGCCUCCAACCUUAUCAAGGACACCCCGCCUGUUGUCGAAGUCCGCUUUGUCGCCACGGGCCGCUGGUAUGACGGCUGGGAGACUCGUCGCCACAACCCCGAGCCUAGCGACUGGGUUGUGCUGCAAUUAGGUGUCAGCUCUGCUAAGCUCUAUGGCUGCGAGAUCGACACUACGUUCUUCACUGGUAACUACGCUCCUGCUAUCUCGGUCGAGGGUGCCGUCAUCAACAACGCAAACGAGCUGGACGGCGCCGAGUGGGAGACUGUUAUUGACAAGUUCGAGUGCGGCCCUAGCCAGCGCCAGUUCUUUGUUCGUGAUGCUAUCACCAACACUGCGUACACCCACGUGAGACUGCAUAUGUAUCCCGAUGGUGGUAUUGCCCGUUUCCGCAUGUUUGGCGAGCCCAUUCCCGUGUUCCCCAAAGACAAGAACCAGGUCAUUGACAUGGCUGCGGUUGCUAAUGGUGGUGUGGCCAUUGCCUGCUCGGAUCAGCACUUCAGCUCCGCAGACAACCUCCUGCUGCCUGGCCGUGGCCUUGACAUGUCUGAUGGCUGGGAGACUGCUCGUUCUCGUACUCCUGGCCAUGUCGACUGGGCCGUCAUCAAGCUUGGUGCCCCCACCCUUGUCGACCACGUUCUUAUCGACACUGCCUUCUUCCUUGGCAACUUCCCCCAGCAUAUCGAGAUUCAUGCUCUCAACGCUGCCAACUCUAAAGACCUUUCUGUCAACAGUGCCGACUGGAAGCCUCUGGUUGGCAAGACGAAGACCGGUCCUAAUCAGGAGCACAAACUGACCGGCCCCCAACUUCUUUCUGCUGAGCCCAUCACUCACGUUAAACUUGUUAUCAUCCCUGACGGUGGUGUUAAGCGUUUGCGUGUCUUUGGUCGCAGAGCUUAA